GGAAGCGGGCGGCAGAGGCCCAGACCCUUCCCCCAGCGCGGGCAUCUCACUUUCACCCUGCGGCGGGUGGUCUUGCCCGUGCUCGGUGCGGAGUCACGCGCCAGAGCUUCAAAGGACCGUCCGCCCAAGUAGAGCGAUCGCCUAGGCGAUGGAGCAAGGACAUGGCGGCGGCCGAGCCAUAUCCCAACCCUAAUCCCGAAAGGCAGCCUAGCAGGUCCGCGGACGCGUAAAACGGGUAAAGCCCGUAGCCUCUCGGUCUGAGUCCCUGAGGCCCGUCGCGUCCCUUCCGCGCCCCCACCUGUUGGACAGCAUCCCCGAGCUCCUUCUGGCCCAAGUGCUUUGGAAGCUCAACGGAAACCCAGAGGCCAGGGAAUGCGACGAGCGACCAUAAAUAUGCAGAAGAGAUGGAGGCCCAGAGCGGUCGCGUGGGGCCGGGCCUUGCGGGGGUCGGGGACCUGGAGCGCGGCCCACGCUGCCACGGCCGCACGGGCGGUGCUAACACCGAGCGGGCGGCGCCGGCGCACUCCGGACACCGAGCCUGCAAAAGGGGCCCCGGACGGGCGGCCGGACACCUCGCAGACGGCGGGCAGCGGGCGCAGCGGCCGCCGCCCCGGGGCUCCGUAACCGACCCUCGGGCCGCCGCCACCCCCGCCGCAGCGGCCGCGCCCGACCCGCUCCCGCCGGGCCCCCGACCCGCGCCCCAGAGGCGCCCGCUCUCCCCAGCCUCACGGCCCGCCUGCAUGGAGCCCGGCGCAGUGCCCCGCACGGCCGAGCCCGCCGCGGCGCGGGAAGCCACCGCACGCUACGGCGAGGGCAGGAAGAAGAUGGCGGCGGCCGUGGCAGCGGCAACGGCGGCGGCGGCCUCGCACACGCCGCUGACGCCAAUGGCGCGCGUCGGCCGACGGGCCGCGGAUGGCGGCGGCGGCCCGGGCUCCGGCGAGGGGCGGGGCGAGCCGGGGAGGGGGCCGGCCGGAGGCGGAGGCCGGGCCGGAGGCUGGAGGGAGGCAGCGGGGACGGUUUGUUGUGCUCGGAACAUGGCGGGCGUCGGGAGCGCGGCCGCCCCGGGAGACGGCGGCGGCGGCGGAGCGGACGGGCCGGAGCGGGACGGCCGCGGCGAGACGGAGCAGCCGGGCGGCGGAGGCCACGGUCCCCCGCCCGCGCCUCAGCACACGGAGACGCUGGGCUUCUACGAGAGCGACUGGCGGCGGGAGCGGCGUCGCAGCCGCGCAGAGCUUUCAUUGUUGAGGUUCCUCAGUGCUGAACUAACAAGAGGGUACUUCCUUGAACAUAAUGAGGCCAAGUACACAGAAAGAAGAGAAAGAGUGUACACUUGUUUGCGAAUACCAAAAGAAUUGGAAAAGCUCAUGGUUUUUGGAAUCUUUCUGUGCCUGGAUGCAUUUCUGUAUGUGUUCACCCUGCUUCCUUUAAGAGUUUUCCUGGCACUGUUCAGGCUCUUCACUCUGCCUUGCUAUGGUUUAAGGGACAGACGCUUGCUUCAGCCUGCCCAGGUGUGUGACAUUUUGAAGGGCAUCAUUUUGGUCAUCUGCUAUUUCAUGCUGCACUAUGUCGACUACUCCAUGAUGUAUCACCUGAUACGGGGGCAGUCGGUCAUCAAGCUCUACAUCAUCUACAACAUGCUGGAGGUAGCAGAUCGUCUGUUUUCAUCAUUUGGACAAGACAUAUUAGAUGCUCUCUACUGGACAGCGACAGAGCCUAAAGAAAGAAAAAGAGCCCAUAUUGGGGUGAUUCCUCACUUCUUCAUGGCCGUUCUCUAUGUCUUUUUGCAUGCAAUUCUUAUAAUGGUUCAAGCAACAACUCUCAAUGUAGCUUUCAACUCACACAAUAAGUCUCUGCUUACUAUCAUGAUGUCUAACAAUUUUGUUGAAAUUAAAGGAAGUGUUUUCAAGAAGUUUGAAAAGAACAAUCUUUUUCAAAUGUCAAAUAGUGAUAUUAAGGAGCGAUUCACAAAUUAUGUACUUUUGCUAAUAGUGUGUCUAAGAAACAUGGAACAGUUUUCUUGGAACCCAGAUCAUCUCUGGGUGUUGUUUCCAGAUGUCUGCAUGGUGAUUGCAUCAGAGACUGCUGUGGAUAUUGUAAAGCAUGCCUUUAUCACCAAGUUCAAUGACAUUACCGCAGAUGUCUACAGUGAAUAUAGAGCCAGCCUUGCUUUUGACCUUGUUAGCAGUCGGCAGAAAAAUGCAUAUACUGAUUACAGUGACUCUGUGGCACGGAGGAUGGGGUUUAUUCCUCUCCCACUAGCUGUUUUGCUCAUCAGAGUUGUAACAAGCUCAAUUAAAGUGCAAGGAAUCCUGUCUUAUGCCUGCGUCAUACUGUUCUAUUUUGGAAAAAGGGACGCUGUCCCUGCUCACUGGCAGUGGUGCAAGAGGAGUCGGGCUCGGAGCCUGAGACGGUCAGAGCCGAGUAUCUCAAGAAGAGGGAGAGAGGGAGAGAGGAUGCUGGCGGUAAUGACUUGAGUCGGAGUCACCCGGAGCCUGCCUCCAGGAUGGGGUCUGCUGGAGCCUCUGCUGAGCAGCCCGAGGCAGUGCUGUCCCUGUUCAGGAGGGCAGCAGGAGAGCCAUUCCGAGCAGACCCAGACUGCGUACUGUUCCCAUCUGACAUUCUUCUACUGAGUUCACUCUCUUCAGUUCUUUGACCUUGGAAAAUGCGAGAUCUUUCUGGUGCAAACGGUCAUACCGCCCUCCAAAGUCCUUCAAGCUAUUUGGCUGUAAUGGCUUCCAUAUUUGUUUAAUGAGCUAAUUAUUCUCAUAUUUUUCUUUUGACAUACACCAGGAAAUGUGAAACACAUAUAUACCACAUCUGAAAAUGUAUGCUACGUCUUUGUUUAGUUACAGCUGCCUGUGCAAAAAUCACAAAGUGGGUGUGCUUUAAUCUGCAUUCACGACCUCCCCCACCCCAACCCCCAAGGCACCUCACUCCCGAAAUCUGAUCACCUCUCCCCACAUAGCCCAGCUGAGCACAUCUGUUCACUGACCUUGCCCCUCUACUGAUUUAUUCUAAUUAUCCUUGUAUCAGGGUAAUACCCACAUUAUCAUGUCCUCCUCCAAGAUCUUUCUCAUAGAUAAGACCACCUUAUCCUCCAAAGCAUCUUUGUUCCUUAACCCCACCAAGGCCGGAAUCUCCCUUUAGCAAAAACCAAUUCAGCUGUACCUCCUGACAUGAAAUGCUGUGCCCCCCCUCCCCUCUCUCUCCAGACUCCCUCGCCCUGACAGUGGGUGGAGGGAAGGCUCACAGCCCCUGCCCCCCUGAUGUUCAGAGCUCUUCAGAGAGACACCCUGAGGGCCAGGGACUAGUCCUGGUACUGGGCUAGGGAUCAGCUGAAAAGAACACCAGUGCCCUGAGAAACAGACAGUAACCAGAAAAAGCAAGUCACUAUAAAGUGACAGUUGGUAGCAGAUGUCAGAAAGAAAAAUACAGUGUAGGUAUAGGAGCUGGGGAAUGACAGAGACGCAGCGGGCAGAGGCAGCCUCUCUGGUGAGCUGAUACUUAAGUGGAGACCAGAUGGAGUAAAGGGGGAUGCAGGUGCCUGGGAAGAGAGAGCUCGGCAGAGGGGGCACAGGGCAGGCCUGACGGAGCAGCAGCGGGAGCUGGGGGACUGGAGCCAGUGGUCCAGGCGCAGCCCAUGGGAGAGGACCACGGGCAGGGCCUGGGCUUCAGCUCUGAGGUAGAGGAGCACCUGGAGGCUCCCAAGCAGAAGAGGACUAUCCAGCUGGCUUUUUGCCAGGGCCGCUCUGGCUGCCAUGUGCACAGCGGGCUGGUGUGUGGCAAGAGGAGAAGCAGAGGUCCCGCCGAGUCAGGAGCUGUUGCGGCCUCCCGUGGAGGGGUGGCUAUGGCUGGAAUCGAAGUGGGAGCCCUGGAGUGGUCAGAAUUUGCCAACCAGGUAGAUAUUUUGAAAGCAGAGUUGGACGGGCAGGACUUGCUGAUGUUGAGGUGUAAGGGGAAAACAGCAAGUGUGAUCACCAAGUUUGGGGCCCAAGCAGUAAGGGUGGCAGAAUCGCCACCUGCUGUGUUGGGGAAGCCUUUGGGAAAUACACAUGGGCUCCCUUUAGUUUUUGGCAGGGUUGGAGUUGGAAUCAGGACUUGUGGUUUGGAUUCAGUAAGUUUGCAGGCCUAUUAGACACCCGCGAGGCAGCUGGAGAACACAGUGAAGGGUGUGUGUGAGGAGCUACGGGCAACGUUGGGGCUGUGGUACAUUUGGGAGUGUUUUGCAAGGUCCUGGGGGCCCUGGAUCUCCGUGAGGUGGUCCCUGUUCGCCUUCUUUGUUUUGGAGCAGAGAGACUGGGAACAGUGGAGGAAACCUUCGCUUCUUGCUUUGACCUCCUGCCAGGCCCCUCCUUAGACGUGCCUCCACUGACUUGUGAUUUCUGUUGCUGCCCGCAUUUCGCCUCAGGCGUAAGAAACAGCAACCUGCUUCUUGCUGUAAAACUGGCCGCGAGGUCCUUGGGUCUGUGUCAUUUAAGGGCCCCAUACAUGAGAAGGUAACCAGUGUGAAGAGGCUUUUUUGUUUUUGUUUUGUUUUUUUCAGAGAUUUUUUGCCAGAUUUGUAUCAGAGGCCUUAAAAUGUCACAUAACUUUUGGCCUAGAAAUUCCAGUUCAGUAGCUAUAGCUACCUAGGAAUUUAUCUUAAGGCAAUAAAGAUACAACAUAAGUUUUCCUACUCAGAAACUUUUUAAAAGAAGUAAAAUAUUGGAAAUAACCUAACUAUCCAGAAAUUAAGGGGUUUGGGGGGCUUUGUUAUUUGAUAACCCACAAAGUAAAAUAUUAGGCAGCCAUUCAAAUAAUGUGAUUAGCACACAUUAACUGGUAGGGAGAAAUAUUCAUGAUAUAUUGUUUUGUAAUAAUAUUAACAAAAUUGGUUGAUGUUUCUAUGUGCCAAGCAUUGUUCUGAGCACUUACUGGAAUCAUCUCUUUUAAGGAUUAACUAGCUAAGAAACUCACUCAGGUCCACAGGAUCCGAGCAGUGGAGUCAGGAUUUGAACUCAUCACUUGGCCCCCAGAGUCUGUGCUCCGGCUCCUAACUCCAGUCCCCCACUACCUUGUAAAAUAGACCCCAUUUCAGAACAGCAAAGAAGUACAAAUUGAUGUAUUUUUGUAGCAAAACAACUGAAACAUACCAACCGUCACAGUGAUUAGCACUGGAGUGUGGAAUUACAAGGCAUCUCAUUUUAUCUGUAUUUACUAUAUGUGUUUGUUUUGUAGUAAGAGAAUAAAUGGUAAAUAGUUUAGUACCAGCUAAAACUUCUACGUGGUGUAAUUUCUUCUUAUAAAUGAUAACUAAGGAAUUUGUCACAACUUUUCCCUUGUGGUACAAAAACCUCAGGAAACGUGUGCAUCUGGGACCCAGCCCGCCGCCCCGGGCGCUCCUUUCCUCCCCAACCCCUCCCCCCCACCGUUAGCCGCCGGAGGGCAGGGCGGGCCCCGUGGGAGCUCCCACAGCGGGUGCUUAUGUCUCUCUGG